CGGAAAUAAUGUUCGACAGAAACAUGCAGAUGAUAAAAGCAGAAGAUUAUCGAACAUUACCGAUUGAUUUUCGUAUCUGUUGAAAACCAAUGUGGUAGAACACAACGAAAGCUGGUCAAGCUUGUAAGUUGCUUGUAGACGAGAUUGGACGUCCCACAAUUCAACAACCACCAACCACCAUGCUUAUUUUGUGUCUCCUAAUCUUCAUCUCUCAGGGAUUUGUUGACUGCGUGGUUAAUUGCAAUGAUCAAGCUAACGGGAAUUAUGAAAUAACGUGCACCAAAUACACCGAGUGUUCGCACGGAGUGGCUACUGUCCAUAACUGUAGCUUCAACCAGAUGUACAACCCAGAAACAAAACGAUGUGGCGCGCCAAAUCCGCCCUGUAACCUUCAGCGAAACUGUAACGGUCUAGCUGACAAACGUUACCCCGACCUGGAAACGAAUUGCACUUCCUACUACACUUGUUAUAACGGCUUUUUCUACGGUCACAACUUCUGUAAUCCAGACAUCUUAAGACGGCUUUACCAGAAAAGCAUACAUUGGUAUCAAACGCUAGUUACCAUGGCAUCCAAUCCUGGAAGUAGAAUGACCAGGUAAAAGUUGGCACACCAAAGCUGAGGCAAGGGGAAAUAACUCAAUGCCUUGGGAUAGGCGAUGAAUCCUAUGGAAAAACUACCUAAAUGACGACAAAUAAAAGUAAAAAAUGUUUACCAUCAAAAUUUUAUAAAUAAUGCACAAAACACUAACAUGGAGUUUAUUCUGGAUGGAAGAAGU